AUGGCUGAGAUCCCCACCCCCGCCCAUUGCGUCGCCGACUUCUGUCUCAUCCCCAUCGGCACCUCGUCGCCCUCAGUCUCAGACCAGAUCGCCGACGUCCAGCGGCUGAUCGCAACCUGCGGCUUGGAGUAUGUCAUGCAUUCCGCGGGCACCACCAUCGAAGGGCCUUGGGACCGGGUUCAUCAGGUUAUCGGGCAGGCGCAUACCAUUCUUCAUCGCCAAGGGAUCGUUCGGAUUCAGACUGAUAUCCGAGUUGGCUCGAGAACUGAUAAGGUGCAAUCCUUCGAAGAUAAGGUGAGUAAGGUGCGCGAGCUACUGGCUAAGGAUUAG